UUGACCUUAUGUAAGUCGCGCUUAGAACCAUAUGAAUACUCUCUUAAAACUAUAUGAAUACUCUCACCGUUGAAGAGGUGUCAAUAAAUAGAUAAUUUGUUUUUCAAACGUUGACUUAUUCCCGCUUCAUAAAAUGAUAUGACCAUUUGAGUUUUAACACGAUACGAUAUGGUUUCAUGCAAAUAUGCAUGGAAUUUGUUCAUAGGCUGAGCAACUACACAACAUUACAAUUGAAACUGAAAAUCAACUGCAGCGAUCUCUAUGGUCAAUUUAGGUCAUGUUGAAUGUAAUGUUCUCCUUCGUUCCACACUUGACCACUCCACCAUAAAACAGAGACCAUUAUUCAAUAUUUCACAUGGGUCUAAAAUGAAAGUAAUUUCCCAAAGUAGUUACUUGCAUUCAAGUACAUUAACCAAACCUUAAAAAUACAUAACAAAAAGAACAUACAGCGUUUGAAUAUACAGCUCUUGUUUACGUGUAAGCUGUUCAUGUACUGUUUAUAUGCUGCAAAUAAAACUGUAACACGCCAUAAAGAAACCUUCCCACGAUAGUGACGUAACCUGUCAGGUUGCUUAUAUAGUUACUGCUAACGAUAUGAGCACAAGUUCACACAAAGAGGAAUAUUACUACUAUUGCGAGAAAGGCGAGGAGGAUCACGAAUAUUUUCGGAUUUUACCAUUUCAGUGUAUUAUCACUAGCUGCCACGAAGUAGCGGAGGUUCACAAACAUGGAAGCCAAUAAAACAAAGACUGAAGAACCGAACGAUGGUCCACCAGAAUACUACGAAAACCCUGGAUACUCAUCUGCUUUUGAGCAUCCUACGACUUCUGGUCAUCCCACACAACCUGGAUAUCCACCACAACCCAGAUAUCUGUCACAACCUGAAUAUCUACCACAACCGGGAUAUACGCCACACCCUGGUUAUCCACCACAACCCGGAUAUCCACCACAAACCGGAUAUCGCCCACCACAUGCAAAUCAAAUAACAAUGGGAUAUACCCCAUCGCCCUAUUAUCCUUCAACUAUACCAGUGCAACAACAACCAUUAUUACAACAACAACAAAGUGUUAUUAUACAAAACCAGCAACCACAAUAUAUUGACAAUAAGUUGACUGUAGCAAUUCUUGUCACCAUUUUCUGCUUUUUUCCAACAGGCAUUCCUGCUAUUAUUUAUGCAUCUAAAGCAAACACAAGGAUCCGAAAUGGAGAUAUAUCAGGUGCAAACGAAGCAAACACGAAUGCAAGACGAUUUAUCAAAGUGACACAACAACCUAGGGAGCCAACUUUGCUCCACCAAGUCACUCCGAAUAUACUGGAUACUCUUCUAUUGCUGGGCAUCCUACAGCAUCUAGAUAUCCCCCCAUCACUUGGAUAUCCAACAGCAUCAAGAUAUACCCCACUAUCUGGUUACUCUUCACUUUAUCCAGAGCAGCAACAGUCACGAUUCAAAGGUCCCGUUUCUAAAACACAAAAACUGACGAACCGAACAAUGAUCCACCAGAAUACGAUGAAAAAUCUGGAACCACAUCUGCUUUUGAGAAACCUUUGGCUUCUGAACAUCCUGAACAACCUGGAUAUCCACCGCCACCACCAUAUACACCACUACUCGGAUAUGAACCACAACCCGGAUAUCCACCACAACCCGGAUAUCCACCACAAUUCGGAUAUCCACUACAACCCGGAGAUCCACGACAACCCGGAUAUCCACCGCAAUUUGGAUAUCCACCACAACCUGGAUAUCCACCACAACCCGGAUAUCCACCACAACUCGGAUAUCCACCACAACCCGGAUACCUGUCACAACCACCACCUGUGCUACAACAACCACAGCAACAACAACAACAACAGUCGGUUAUUAUACAAAACCAGCAACCACAAUAUGUUGACAAUAAGUUAACUGCAGCAAUUCUUGUCACAGUUUUCUGCUUUUUCCCAACAGGCAUUCCUGCUAUUAUAUUUGCAUCUAGAGCAAACUCAAUGGCCCAAAUUGGAGAUAUAGCAGGUGCAAACGAAGCAAACUUCAGAGCAAGACAUUUCAUCAGAAUAUCAGUAUUUCUUGGUGUUCUUGUUACGUUUGCAGUUUUACUACCCAUUGUUGUAACAGUUGCG